AACUGCGAAAUUUAUUGCACAAGUUCUUGCAGCAAUAGAAAUUGCAUCGUGUCAUACGAAAAUUGCACAGAAAAAUUGCUGCAACUUAUUGCAUCAAGAAGUUGCAGCUAAAUAGAACCUGCGCUAUUUUUCAUGCAAUUUUUUCUGCAAUUUGGUUAUAUUUUUAGUAACUUUUGCUUCUAAGGCUACGCUGUUUCGGCUGCCCAAAAGCAAAACCAAGUAUCUCACUUUUUUUCACAACACGUUUUUUUGCAUUUUCACACUUACUUUCUUUUGGUCUAUGUAGAAAAAAAUACAAAUAAAUUUUUUUUUAUGUAUUUCUCGAAAUAAAAACAAGUAUCUGCCCGUUUUUGGAGAAACAUCGCGUUUUUUUUUGUAUUUACAAAACCAUAACCAAGUAUCACACUAAUCCCCAUUUCAAAACAAAGUAUUAAACAAGAGAUACUUGGUUAUGAAGUAGUAACUAGUCUCAUGCUUGCUUUUGUUGUGGUUUGGUAUAUGAUACUUUGUUUUGAUUUGGGAAAAUAUCAAUGGGCGUUGGCAAAACCGAAAUCAAAACAUUUAGUAAAGUGUCAAAUGUGAGAGGGACAUUAUUGUUUUAUUCAAAAUAAACGUUCAUUAAAGUCUGUUAGCUAGCCUGAGUCAUGAUAUUUUGAGGUUAUUUUCGUUGUUAAAUGUGUGUUAAGUAAAUUAAAGCUUAUAAAAGUUUCGCAGUUACUAGUAUUGAGUUCCUAGUGAAUGAUAAAUCAUGAGCAUGUCAGAUCGCACCAAAAAAUUACUUGAUCUCGCUUUGGACAAUGUAAAUAAACCCGAUGAAGAAAUAACAACUGCUCCGUUUUAUAGACUACGACCUCGUGCAGAGUCAAGAAAAAAUACAACACAUAAUCUUCCUGAAGACAAUGAAUCAUUCGUGUUCUCUUCCGAUGACUCGAUUAUUGAUCCAGACAUUACCAUGCAAGAUCUUGUUGGAACUUACAGCUAUGAAGACUACGAUUUUCCAGAAUCAAAUCAAAGUCAACUAAUAUGGAGACAUUCUCUGGAAAUAAAAACCAAUGCGGUACUUACAACACCGCCAGAAAAAGCAGACUUGGAAGAUCAUCAGCCAACAUUUGUAUCUCUGGAAAAUGUACCUUGUACAGGAGUUUAUACGGAGACACCAGCAGCUUACCAUUCGGACCCCGAUGUUGGAGUAAUUACGAGUAACGAAGCUCCAGAAACAGCAGACUUGGAAGACCAUCAGCCAUCAUUUGCAUCACUGAAAAAUGUACCUUGUACAGGAGUUUACACAGAGACACCAGCAGCUUACCAUUCGGACCCCGAUGUUGGAGUAAUUACGAGUAACGAAACUCCAGAGACAGCAGACUUGGAAGACCAUCAGCCAUCAUUUGCAUCACUGAAAAAUGUACCUUGUACAGGAGUUUACACAGAGACACCAGCAGCUUACCAUUCGGAUCCCGAUGCUGGAGUAAUUACGAGUAACGAAUCUCCAGAGACAGCAGACUUGGAAGAAAAUCAGCCGACAAUUUCAUCACUGGAAAAUGUAUCAAAACGUGAAAUAGCAAACAGAAUAAAAAUAGGCAAAAAUAAAAGAAAAUACCCAAUAAAAUUGGUCCCUUGCUCAAGAAAAUGCAGAAGAAGCUGCGAGGUAAUCACAUCACAGCAAAGAAAAGACAUAUGGGAAAAAUAUUGGGACAUGUCAUAUGUAGACAGAAAAAGGUGGCUUUGCAAUAAUAUACAGAUAGAAAAACCUAAAAAGGUAAGCACAAAACCAACUGAACCAAAAAAGAAGAAUAAACCUAAGACAGAAAGCAGGUAUUAUUUUUUUCCAACAACCGAUGAAGAUGGUAAUAAAAAUAAUGUCCAAGUAUGCAAGACGUUUUUUCUGAAUACCUUAGGUUUUAAGUGUGAUGCUGCCAUAACGUCGGUAAGUAAGUGCGUAAAAAGUGAUCCCUUCAUCGGAAACAUAAAGGAAAAAAGAGGUGGUAGAAGGAGAAAAGUUUUAGUCAAAACUAUUAUUGAAACACAUAUAAAUUCAUUCCAUCCCUGUGUCAGCCAUUACCGGCGAUAUAACGCACCUAAGGUUAAAUAUUUGCCUAGAGAGCUGACGUUGAAAUUAAUGUUUGACGACUUCAAGUCCAAAUAUCCAAAUUUUUGUGCAAUUGAAUCAUAUAGAAAAGUAUUAAAAUCGAUGAAUAUAUCUUUUUGUCUACCAAAAAGUGACAAGUGCAGUGAUUGUCAGAUCCUAGAAUUAAAAUUAAGUGAAAAUCCUGAAGAUAUUUCCAUUCAGGAAGAAUAUAACCUUCACAAAUUAAAAGUUGCCCAGUCAACAUCAGCAUAUAAAAAUGACAGUGAAAAGUAUAGCUCACCAAACUAUUCAGGAUCUGAAAUAAAAAUUGUAUCAAUGGAUUUACAGAAAGUCCUUCUAUUGCCAGUAAUGCCACAAUUCAAAGAUGCCUUCUUUGUUAGUAAGCUAGUAGUUUUCAAUUUAACUUUUGCUUCAUUAGGAAAGAGAGGUGAAAGUGUGUGUGUAGUAUGGCAUGAAGGUCUAGGAGACAGAAGCGGAAGUAGCAUCAUAGAUGCUAUAUAUUGUUUCAUUAACAAGCAUCGCGAUACAAAGAAAUUCAUCAUUUGGUCAGACAAUUGUACAGCGCAAAAUAAAAAUUAUAUUUUAUACACCUCACUCAUUCAAAUUGUAAAUCAAGUAAAUGGACCUGAUGAGAUAACAAUAAAAUACUUAACUAAAGGACACACUCACAUGUCAGCUGAUGGUGUGCAUGGAAAUAUCGAGUCCAAUAUAAGAAAAAAGAAUAUUUACGACUUUGACGAUUUAAAAAUUGCCAUAGAGCAAUCGAGGGCUGGUCUACUGGUUAUAGAACCAACUCUAGGUAACAAAUGGCAAAAGAAGAAAAGAAGUGUCCGAAAAAAUAAUGAAACAGAAGAUCCUCUUAAUGGGUUUUAUCUCAAGGAUCUGGUUGAAGUGAAGUUUGUGAAAACCAAGAGGACAUUAUUUUAUAAAAAAGACUUCAAUGAGGCAGAUUAUGAGAUCAUAGACUUCCUACAAAAGAAAUUUGACGAAAAAAAACCGAUUGAACGAGACUAUAGAAUACGAGGCAUUGAAUCACACAAAAAAAAGGAAAUAAUACAAAAGCUUCUCCCUCUUAUGCCCAUGAACAGGAGAAAGUUUUGGGAAGAUUUACCUGAAUGUGUGAAUGCUCAAGAUUUGGUAACGAAUGGAGAAAUUACGGAUAUCAUUGAAUGAACAAAUAGUUACACUUUAGGUUCCACACUUUCAGACGUAUUUUUUAAGAGACUUAAAACUUUAUUUAAUUUUUUAAGAUAAAGAGGCUAGAAAAACUUUAUAGUCGACACAAGUGAUAAUUUUAAAUUUAAAUUUCACUAAGGCUAAGGGAGUCUAAAUUUUAUGUUCAAACUAAAAAACUUUAUGUUCAACACCUUUGAGAAGUGAUAAUUUUUAUUUUUAAUUUUAAUGUAUGAUUUUUGUAAAAAAAUUCUAAUAAAGGCAACUUUUAACUGUGUCAAAA